AGAAAGAAAAGAAAAUAGCAAAGCAAAUCUAGACCCACAGCCCUAAACAUCUCUCUCUCUCUCUCUCUGCGAAUGGCAUUUGCCAACAUCCUCCGCCGAUCGGCUUCCGCCAUCGCACCUCUCGCAAACAGACUCAUCGCAGCCCAAAACCACCACUCCCCUCUCUUCUCCUCCAUCACCCACACCAAUCUCUCUCCCCACCCCCCUCGGACUCCAUUCCCCUCCGUCCUCCACUACUCUUCCACUCCAAAGGAGCCCAGCAAGGUCUCCGAGAAGCGCAACAUACAGGACCACAACCGCAGACAGCUCGCGGCCAAGUACGAGAUGAAACGAAACCUCUACAAGGCCCUCUGCCAGGAUCCCGGUCUCCCUGCGGAGUUGCGGGAGAGGUACCGGUACAAGCUGUCCAAGUUGCCCAGAAACAGCUCGUUUGGACGGGUGAGGAACCGGUGCAUUUACACGGGUCGUCCCCGUUCCGUGUACGAAUUGUUUCGGAUGUCUCGUAUCGUUUUUCGUGGGUUGGCGUCUCGUGGUGCUUUGAUGGGCGUCAAGAAAUCGUCUUGGUAGAAACCGCCAAAAGUAACAGAACAAGGGUAAGAUUUGAAGCUGGUUAACUAGCAAGGUUAUAAGGAUUUAUUUUUCGGUGAAUUUGAGGUUUUGUUGUGGUUGUUUACUUUCUUUUCAUGUUUUCUAAAACGCUUAUUAUCAUUUUCGGUAAAUUUGUGAGAACAGGUUGGUUUUAGAAA